UGAGAAUUUAAAAAAAUGUAUCAAAUAUGCAUUGGAUUUUUUAUGAUUUUGUCCCUCUUUGGUGGGGGCUUUGCAGAUAACGUCUUCGAAGAAGGACAAGAGGUUACCGUCGAUUGUGACCCCAAACAGCCCGGCGUCAUUACAUUCUGGUUUCAGAUAAACUGAAGUGGUGCAAAGUAUUUGUUCACUGUUAAAAGCACAGAUGUAAGGGCUAAUGUUGAUUGGGCAAAAUACAAAGUGAACACAAAUGGAAAGGUUAGUUUGGCUAUUCAGUCUUUCCAGAAAAAGACAGACAGUGGUUUAUACACUUGCGCAGCCAUGAACAACAAUAGACUCAUCUUUGGAGAAGUGAAAGAAAUUAAAGGAAAACCAGAUUUAGUAACACCACCUCCAAAAAAGGAUCCGGAACGACCAAAAACUGCAACACCAGUGAUUACGACAAAACCACCGUGUAAAUGUCAAAAACAAGACCCUAAGCCCAGCAUCAACUGUGAGACUUGGAUAUUGUCAUCUUUGGUCGCUGGUUGUGGUGUUCUCCUCAUUCUGCUGAUCUUCACAAUUUUGUACUGCAACCGUUUAAGAACAAGACGAUGUCCCCACCAUAACAAAAGACAACCCAGACCUGCUGGCCAUGCAAAACUUCCCAACAACCACUUCUAGUUUCAGUAAAGAAAUGAAAUCCAGUACUGGUUAAAGAUAUCCUCGAUUUCAUUUUUUUCUCAAUAAGCACAUUUAAAAGCAGUUUCAUGGUUAAUUAAACUGUACAGCCUUAAAUCCUAAUCUUUUAAUCUUUCACAGUGAAAAUGUUCAAAAAAAUGUCCUUUCCAGUGAGUUUUGUAUAGUCAUUAUAUCAUUGUAUCGUUUAGGGUUACAUUUAAUAAAUUGACAGUAAUCAGAAUGUUUUUCUUUGCUUCGAUGUAGGCUUAUUAAAUGGGGCUGAAUAAGUGAUGUAAAAAAAAAUCAUUACAAAAGCAUUUUAAGCUUUAAAUUCCAUCAUGUUCAGUGUCAUGUUGCAUUGUAAUCUGUUUACAAGAGAAAUCUGCCAUCUGCUGGCUGUCAGUGUUAUGAAGAACCUCAGACAGUCUCAUACAUUGUGCUGAGAUAUCAGCUUCACAGAACGAAUGGCAUUCCUGCUGAUGUCUAUUUCUACAUUCAAUUAAAUUCAGUUGCAAAUAAACAAAAAUAAAGUAACCAUAUUAUACACCCAUAUCAAGUGAUGUGAAGAAUUUCAAAUUAAGCUCUUGAACACCAUUUACCAUUAACAUUUUUAUUAUAGAGAACCCAAAGUUGCUUUGUGGGAGAGCAGAGCACCACCAUGUGGAUAAAAUACGGAAUUGUGUAUGUUGUACAAUGCAGACUCUGUCAGAUGAAUAAAUAUGACCAAAUGCAGCCAUGUGCUUGUGUUUCAGCCGAUGGAAUGGUCACUGAAUGGGA